AUGGCGGACGCUGUGAUUGAUCUGACCAACGUGUCGGACACCGCGUCUGAAUCCGGUUCUGAAAAUGGCUCGUCCUUGUCGGACGAGGUUCAGGUACCGCCUGCUCUUGAGGAUACAGGACGCGAGCAGCUACGCGUUGCGAUCGACAACGUGCCAGAGGAUCGCCUACGCGCGAUCGUUAAGGAACUGGUAGAUAGCGCUCCAGCAGUCGAAGCAGCUAUGAUGCAGAAGCUAGUUGCCACGAAGAAGCCGAAGAAGAGGGCUGCGGUGGAAGUCUUGCCGAGGUGGGAGGUCUGCAUGCAUUGCGAAGAGGAGUACGACGCAAGUACGCGAAGGAGGACUGGGGAAUGCAGAUACCAUUCAGGCGAUUUGGAGGUCGACGAGGAUAGUUUCGUCGAUUGGGACGAAGACUGCCACGGCCCUAUGGACACUCCAGCCAAACGAAGAGCCUGGCCCGAGAACUUCAUCUGGAAUUGCUGCGAUGCUGACGGUAGAAGCGAAGGCUGCGAAGAUGCAAAGCAUGUGCCUGGAGGUCACAGAAAGACGCGAGCGAGGUACUAG